AUGGCACGCAUCUGUCCGUCCGACCCCCGCGGAGGGAAGCAGCCAGUGCAGCGUCGGACACAAGGGACAAGCCUGGCGUGGCGAGGGUUAAAGACCAGGACGUCCAAGAGCGGAGCCUCAUACUGCAGCCAAAGACAUCUGGUGGGCGGCAGUGUGGAGGUAGAAGAGGUUGAGAAGAGCAGCAAACAAAAUGAAGAGAGGGUUUUGGAAAUGAUCUUGGACCUGGAGCCUGAUCACUUCACAAAUUUCAGCUUCAGACGCAAAAUUGUGUAA